AUGUCCCGGGGCGAGUCGGGUGAGCCAGAGCGACGGAGCCGGGGAUACGCGAUGGGUCUGUUCCGGCGGCGCGGCCCUCCCCAGGGGACCGCACUCCUGGAUGAGGACACCGGCGAUCUCGUCGUUCCCCUCACCCCGGAGGGCGAGGCCGACGAUGGGGCGCCCGGUCCUCUGCCCGAGAAGAUGGGGCUGGGUGACGAGGAAGUCGCGGAGGACGCGACCACCCCGGGGAAGCACGCGCGGAAGGUGUCCAUCAUCGCCGAGGAGGUGCGCGAAGAGCUCGGCUCGCCCCGGACCCCAGGCGUGGAGCAGGGCGCCAAGCGAUGGCUCAAGCGCACCCGCUCCCGCCUCCGCAGCGGCGGAGGCGCGGACGAGGUCAUGUCCUACGCCGAGCAGAUGCGCCUCGAGGCGCUCAUGGAAUACCAGCGGAAGCUCUCCGAGCCCGUGCUCCUCAACAACGAGGUUCUCAUCUCCUUCGCGUCGCGCAUGGCCGCGGAGAUGGACUUUCGCCCGUACAAGACCAUGACGACCAUGUACUCCAAGACGUUCAAGGCGGACGAGUUCCUCCUGUGGGCCAUCAGGCAGGAGGAAGUCAGGGACCAGACGGACGCCCUCUUCCUCGGCAACGAGCUCGUGUCCAGAGGCGUCUUCCUCCCCGUCACCUACGGAGCCGCCGAUUCCCUCUACUGGACCCCGACUAUCAAACCAGGGAACCAGACGCACAGGCUCGUGGCGAGGACCAAGCCGCAGAUCGUCGCCGCGGUGCUCGGCCGGGAUCUGAAAGUACUCAUCGAGGAGGGCGGCACGAUCGCGGGUUUAGGGCCAAACUCACCCACGGCUUCAGAUUCCGCCACGCCGACAAACGACGGUCAAACCGCCGUGAGGCGAACGGCGAGCGACCCGCCGCCGGCCACCGCGAACGGCCACGGGAAUACGAACGGUCACCACGACCCGCACCAAACGCGAACGACGGCGAACGGUCACCGCGACCCGCCGAGGGUGGAGAGGCGGGGGAUCCUGAAGCGGUCGGCGACGUACGGUCACGGCGCCGAGCGAGGCUUCGCCGCGGCGCUGAGCGUUAAAGAGUUUGCCCGGGGAUGGGCGAGGCGCCGCGCCGAGGCGAAGAGGGCCCGCGUCAAACGCUGGCAGCGCCGCGUCAGGAACUUUCGCGCCUCGGUUCGCGCGGCGACGGCCCCCGUUCGUCUCUAUCUCGGGUCGACGCUCGGCCCGCACGCGUUGUUCGCGGUGACGUUUCCGCUCCUCGUCUUGCACUUGUGGCAUACUACUAUGUACGCGGUCAUAGCGGCGUUGUGGUGUCUGCGUCACCUGGCCAACGUGGACGCGAGGCAGCGGCGGUGGGUCGAGCAGAAGGCGCGCGCGGAGGAGCUGAGAAGGUUUCAGGGUAAGAGGGGGUACGCCAAGCUGCACCCGGACGGUUCGGAGUGCGCGGAUUGGUGGUCCGAGGUGCUUCGGUCGUUUUGGGACGGCUGGAUCGAGUUUUGGCUCAACCGGCUGUUGACGCGCAUCCUGACCAACGUGCUGGAUCGUGUUCGUCCGUCGUACCUGGAGAAACUGGAGAUUACCACGUUCAAGCUCGGGGACGCCGCGCCGCGGAUCAACUCGAGCCGAUGCUGGCGAGGUAACGAGGGCGAGACCAUCCUGGAGUGGGACUUGGUGUGGCACACGGAGAAUAUGCAAAUCACGCUCAGCGCCAAAGUCGGCGGCGCCAAGUUUGCCGUUCCCGUCCCUCUGCGCGUGUACGUGUCGAAGCUGCGAAUCGCGGGUAAGUUCCGCAUGGGCCUCUUCUGGACCCGCCGAAAGGGCGGGCCGUACCUGCAGAAGCUUCGCAUAUCAUUCGUGGGAAUGCCCGAGCACUCGGUGUCGAUCAAGCCGAUGACGAGUUCGUUUGUGGACAUUCGCGACUUGCCGGGAGUCGACUCUUUGAUCGAGAACGCGCUGAACAACCUGUUCACCAACGUGCUGGUGGAGCCCAACUGCGUGAACUGGGACGUGGAGAAGUGGUGGAUCAACAGACCGGGCGCGAGGGAACCCGGCGCGUUGGGCCUCAACACGGACAACCCGGGUGAAAUCACCGAGGCGGAGCUGCUGGCCGAGGCUGAACGCAUCCAGGGCAAGAAGGGUUCGUCGUUGACCUCGAUCAUGGGACUGGGAUCGUCCAAGCACCCCACGAUGACCGUCGCCAUGACGGUGCACCUCGCGGAGAUCGAGUCCAAGGAGGGCGCCAAGCCGUGCAGUUUUUACGUCCGGUGCAAGCGGGGCGCCAAGAAGCACACCACCGAGGCGGCCAAGGCUGCGCCGGUUGAGACGAUGGUCACCGCUCACCCUUCGGGAGGGUCCGAGCACGGCGGUUCGCAGGGCGACGGCUCGAACUUUGGGAGCUUCGGCGCCGGCGAAGAGCUCGGGCUGGACUCGCUGGCCAACCUGCAGUCCCCGGGCGGGAGCUUCGCGCAGACGCAGAGCAGGCCGGGGCACAGGCGCGGCACCUCGAGCUUUUCGCAGUUUGGCAGCAGCUUCUCCAUCCAGUCGAGCACCGGAGAGACGACGCACGUCAUGGAGAAGAAAUGGGUGUGCAGGCCGGUGUGGGAGGAGUUCGUGCGCUUGGACGCCUACGACAAGCAGGUGGACCAGAGCGUCGAGCUCAAGGUGAGCUGCGACGACGGCUCCUCCGUCGUCGGCAGCAAGACCACCGUCGGGCGGGCGAUGAUCGAGAGCGUGCUCGACUACGCCGACGGCGCUCUUCACACCGUGCAGCUCCCCAUCCUGCACCACAGGACGGGCGAGGAGGUUGGCCUGCUGCACUUGAGGCUCAAGUGCACGCCGAUACUGCCCGACCUCAUCGCGGCGGCCAAGGAUAGAAAUCCGCACGCUUCGCUGCUUCGCAACCCAAAGACGUACUCGAAGCAGUUCGCGAUGUCGGCUUCGGAUUACAUGGCGGCGAAGGCUGCGGGCAUGGCGUCCGCGGUGUCCGGGCUGAUGCCCUCGGUGCCGGUGCCCAAGAAGUACGUGGACAGCGCGGCGAAGACGAUGACGAAGACGGCGAUAAGCGCCAUCAACGCGCCCGCCAAGCAGGGUCGAUGGGCGGUGCGGUCGGUGUACAAGGGGUGCAAAAAAUUGGUGUACGGCAAGGCCAAGUACAAGGAGAUGAAGAAGGUCAAGCUCGAGCGCGCGCUGCGCGAGGCGCAGGAGGCUGCGAAGUACGCGGAGGCGUGGCAGCAGAGCGCCGCGGCGGCGGCCGGAAAGAACAGGUGGAGGCGCUCGUCAAGUCGGGACAGGAGGCCGGACACCCCGUCCAAGAUGAGCGACAUCGCCGAAUCGCCGUCGGGGUCCGAGGGUACCCUCGCUCGGCAGGACUCGGACGCGUCCACCGCGUCCGGGCAGCGCGUCCGGCCGGUCAGCUUCGCGGAGGCGCCGGCGGAGGCGGAGGCUGCCGCGACGCCUUCCACCCCCCGCGCCUGA